GACAAGUGGGCAAUUGCAUCGCAAAUGGUUUUUUGUUUUGAAAACAGUGAAAACAUCAAGCAGCGCGUGUUUUUGUUUUGCCCAGGAAAAAUGAAGAAUCAGCCGAAUAUUCUCAUAACAGGAACGCCAGGAGUUGGGAAGUCACGCAUAGCAAAGCAAGUGGGUGAGAAAUUGCAAAUGAAGUGGCAUGAUGUGUCGCAAAUCGCGAAAGAUCACAAAUUCCUCGAGGGAUUCGACAAGGUCUUGGAUUGUCCCAUUCUGGAUGAAGAUGCAGUCUUGGACCAUUUGGAGCCGAUAAUGCAGAAGGGAGGCAACGUCGUUGAGUAUCAUGCUUGUGAAAUAUUCCCGGAAAGGUGGUUUCAUCUGGUAUUUGUGAUUCGCUGUAACAAUACUCUGCUCUACGAUCGAUUGUCCAAAAGGAAGUACAGUGACAAGAAACUCCAUUCUAAUAUUGAGUGUGAAAUCUUCAACACAAUCCUCGAGGAAGCUCAGGAAGCGUACAAAGAAGAGAUUGUUCAUGAAUUGACCAACGAAACUGAAGAGCACUUUUCACAAAACAUCUCGAAGAUAGAGGAGCUUGUGAAGUCGUGGCAGGAUAACUAUGAGAAGGACGAAUAAAGAAAUCCGGAAAAUUUGAUGUUUCAUUUCUC